UUGGGUUAGAAUAGGGUUUGGGUGAAUCAUGAGAGAGCAUCCUAAGAAAGGAAUGCUUCAUAUCAACUUUAUCCAUAGUGAUCCUUUCAAGUUGAAAUAUAACCAUCAACUUGUUAGUUCCAUACAAAGUUUUUGCAGUUCACGAAACUCGUAUGUUAGACUAUUCAUAAGGAGGCGGUUGAAACUUUCUUUUCUACCUUUGCAGUGUGUUCUAGUUCCUUUGACUCCGGGAGCUAUUAUCCGUGUCAUUCCUUCCUGGUAUUCCUGGGAACAGUACAAUUAUUUCUGUUGGGAUCCUCGAGCUCUUCUGGAUAGAGCUACCAUUGCCUCCUUUGGAGUAUUCUGUGUGUAUUUGUUGGUUGACUUGUUAGGAAAGUCUUUGGCUUUUCGAAUUUCUUUAUUAUUUAUAGUUUGGCCUUUUGUGUCUCCAGCUAUUCACGCUUGUCUUCGCAACUUGAAUUUACGCAAAUAUGCAUACGUAGCUCUUAUGAGUGGAAGAAUAACAAAUAUAUAUAUUGCAAAAGGGAAUCGAUCGGAGUUACGAUAUCCUUUGAAAAACAGUAAUAUUUCUUGUUUGAUGUAUGUCACCGUUGAAGAUGAAGGGGGUCGCAAAAUUCAAACCAGAGCUUGGUUCCGAAGUAUUUAUAGUGACAUUGAUUUGCAUAUGAAAGCUCAUCUUUUGAUCUUUUCUCGAUCAAAGCAAUUUCAUUCGGUUCAUUUUGUAUCUGAAUUAUAUUUACCUCAAUUAGGAAUUUUCUUUGGAGACUAUCCUACCAUCCAUCGACGUCAUUUUCUUCAAUUAUUGAAUCAACAAAGAGAGAAUAACGAAAGCCAAUCCUAUGUUGGGAAGAAUGGGUCUCAAGAUUGAAAAAGAAUAUUCUUAUCGUUUAUUUCUUCUAGUUUUAUAUAUAUAAAAUUUCUUCCAGUUCCAGUUAGCUUGGCUGAAUAUCCUGAAUGGAAGGUAAUCUAUCCACACUUGUUCUAGUGAUUGUGCUGUUGUUGAAUAAUAGUGGUUGUGAAGAUAUCAUAUACUUGCUUUCCAUAUUACUCCAUUUUUCAGGUUCUCUUGUCGGCACUGUUGUUGUUCUCUCUCCACAGCAUACCCAUGAAGGGAUAGAUGACUUGACCUGGUUCUGACAAGGCAUGGGAAAGAUUGCCUUGGAUGAAUAAGACAAUAAAGUUUUUAGUCUUUCGUUAUUAAGGAAGAGAAUUUGAUUGGCUCUUUGAAGAGUUUCACAGUGUUGCCACAAAUAUUGUUUCAAACUCUUGGUUUCUUCCAACUCGUGUUUGAGUCUUGUCCAACUCUCUAUAGUCUUUUGUCUAGAACGUUUUGCAUAUUCUCGUUUCUGUAUUUUUCUUUUGUUGUUGGUUAUCUGUUGUGUUGGUUGGU